CUCAGUGUCACUUGAUGAUGAACAGGAUUUGAAAGGCAGGUCGGGCGAGUAUAUGGUGCAAAUUAUUGAGAUCCGAGAUCCACUCGAUCUUAGCGAGCUUAAUCAAUUCAACGCGAAAGAUUUUCGUUGGGAGUUCUUCAAUAUGGAAAGCGUGAAAGCGCUUAACCAUUUGAUGCAUACCUCUCCUUCUUACAAAUAUUUCCAACUCAGAGAUUUGAUUUUGGAUCCGAAUACUCGUAGAUCGUUAGGUGGCGGCUUUGAGUUAUGGGCAGGAUUCUUUGAGAGUUUUCGUCCUGGAAAAGAUUCUUUUUAUGUAAACGUGAAUAAUGCUCACGCUGUAUUUUACGAGAAAAAAGAUUUGGUUACGUUCUUGUGUGAAUUUCUCAAGCUUCCUGCUUUGCCCGCAACCUUUAACGACGAACAACAGAGAAAAAUCAACAAAGUCCUUAAACAUUUGAAAGUCAGACCAUUACAUCGGCCAAACGUCAGAACUAAACAAUCAAUUGAGCGUAUUUCGUCAAAAAAAGCGGUAGAGUUUACGUUUAAGCUUGGUGAUUCGGAAAACACUACAAAUGUAAAGGAAUAUUUCAAAACUACAUAUAAUAAAGAACUCAAACACCCUCAUAUGGUGGAAAUUCAGACGAGAAGAGAUGAAGUUUGGCCACUUGAAUGUUGUGAAAUUGUCGAGGGACAACGUGUUUCACUGAAAAAUCUUAAUGGCGACCAACUAGCAAAGAUGAUAACGUUCACCGCAGUUCUUCCUAAACUUAAUAUGGAAAAAAUCUUGGAUGAAGGUAUCGGUCGUGUGCUGGAUUUCGUUAAUGAUCCAAAGCUUAAGGAUUUCGGAAUAAGAAUGGACACCCGCAUGACAGCAACUCCCAGUCGAAUUUUGGAUCCUCCAACAAUUGCCUAUCAUCCGUCUUCUAAAGAUGGUGAAAAACUUCACCCGAAUAAGAUUAAUGGAGCUUGGAAUCUUCGUGGACGAAAAUUCUUCAGAAGUGGUAUUCCAUUGAAAUAUUGGUUUGUCUUGUGCUGUGUUCACGAAAGAUUCUUAUCUCGUCUGGAUGUUGAAAACUUCGUCGUUACGUUGGAUGUCGAAAAAAAUUACGCUCCCCCUAUUACCUUUAUCGUCGUUGGUAAAAGACACCAUGUUCGUGCAAAUGCAACUGACAAAAACAACACCGAUAACAAGGGAAAUUGUGUUCCUGGAACCAUUAUCGAUCAAAAGAUUACGCAUCCGCAACUUUUCGAUUUUUAUUUAUAUUCUCACUCCAGUCUUCAAGGAACAUCGCGACCAGCACACUACAUUGUAUUACAUGAUGGAAAUAAAUUUGAUGUUGAUACACUUCAAACGUUCACUUAUAAACUCUGUUAUAACUAUCAGCGUGCAACCCGAUCAGUUUCUAUUCCCCCUCCGGUAUAUUAUGCACACUUGUCCGCUAAACACGCACGCACCCAUGUAACUAAAGGAAAGAACGGUUUUGAACUUCCGCCAGUGCUUCCAUCACUUGCACAAAAUUAUCCAAUGUACUUUAUGUAA